AGAUUUCAGUAAAGACUUUUAUUUUGGAAUGUGGGUGAAACUCGCCUUACGGUAGGGAUGUUACUCCAAGAGCCCGUCGUUUUUAAAUCUUUCUACAUUUUACAAACUCCUCGCUGUUUCCGUUAGUAUACCCUUGAUUUUCAAACGACACCCGAAUAUUCUGGACACUAGCCGCUUGGUUUGUGUAGAGAGCUGGUUAGUGAGGAUGUAUGUAAGUGAGGGCUGUGGAGCAGUGUAUGUCCGGGAGAAAGGAGAACUGCGGUGUGUCAGUGCAGACAGGAAUCAUGCUCCGCAGCACAGACUCUUCACCAGAGACUUCUCCUUUCAACUCUGCAUCGACACUUUACCAUCCGCGAGCCACACAAAGAGAAGAGACCACUUCAUAUUCACCUACAACAAAGAGGGCAGCCUGCGGUACACGGUGAAGUCUUUAUUUGACAUCUCUUUACAGUUCAUCGCUGAUCAUAUCGAGCAUGUGGACUCACUGGUCGGUUUUCCUGAGCAAAUGGCUGAUAAGUUGUUCUCGGCCGCUGAAGAGAGACACAAAUUCACUGAGCCUCACACUGCACCCAGAGCACUGCAGGUCUUCUGUGAGGCCUACGGAGAACUAGUGCUGAGAUCCCUGUGUUUGAGGAACAGGAAUCUUUUGAUAUCCGAAAGGUUGGAAGAGAUCAGACAGUUUCAGAAUCUGGAGAGCCUGGACCUCUAUGGAUGUAGAUUAGGUGACAACCAUGAGGUUUUUAAAUACAUAACCUCUGAAGCCCUGGCUAGUCUUGUGAAGCUUUUCAUAGGUGCAAACUGCCUUUCUGAUGCAGGACUGCAGAGACUGACCGCCCCGGUGAGGGUGAUGAAGAAAGGUCUAGAAAAUCUGCAACUUUUGGAACUCUCUGAGAAUCCCAUUACUGAGAAAGGUCUUGGAUAUCUAACAUGCUUUAAAACGCUACAGAAACUGGACAUAUCUGGGACAAAUGUGACGGUGAAUGUGUCUUUGAAAGGAUUCUUCAGAAAGAAUAUGAGAAUGGUCUUAUCAGAAACACCUUUGAAGGAGUUUGGACACUCUGAUUGUAAAACAGAAGGCUGGGCUGAACAGGUAAUAAACCAGUGGGAAAUUACAGCUUCUGAAGUACCAAAGAAAGACUGCAAACCAAGAACAAAUGCUCUCCGGUUCUAUGGAAGAGAAAAGUUUGUCCGAGAGACAUUAAACUCCUGCUCUGGGACGAGUGACACCACAAAGAAAGACAAAGUUGUGCCGAUUCACUUUCAUAAGGUUGAUCUCUGUGGCACGAGUUCAACAGCAGAACACAACACACUCUCGUCAACAGUGGUAGCUGUUCAGAAGGGCAAGAAGAGGAGACUAUCAACAGAGGAAGACCAAAGUUCAGCUCCUCUGUCAAAGCGCCAGUCUCUGUCAGCUCUGUCUGCGGAGGACUUAGAUCUGUUAAAUAGUUACUGAGUGGACACAGACAUGUGACGUUCCUCUGUGAGGAACAUGACACUGAAAUGCUUUUAGUUUGGAUUCUUCACAAUUAAAAACGGCUUAUUUUUUA